UAGUGCCACUGAAUUGUGCACUUAUUUCAGUUUUCUUUCAUUUUAUUACGUCUUGGUUGUAUUCCUGCUAAACGUAUUUACGUUUUAUGGCAAAAUGAGGCGAUUUUUUUGGAGUGUUGUAAGCGUUUGAGGCAGACAUUGCAGGAGGAUCCAAAUUCAGCCCACUGUUUUGUUGUUGUGGCGCGUCACUUGAAUCACUUACGGAAAAAGUUGUAUAUAUGUUUUGUACAUGUGUUACUAUAACAUACACUACGUGGUCUUUUUAUCGCACUAUUGAAUUCGUUUUAAAGAUUUUUGGUGGGUUACCGACAAGACUCGUCUUUUAUGUUUGGGAGAUGACCACCGAGCAGACGUUCAUUUUUGCCAAGGCGACGGAUCAGAAGGAGAAAAUGUUGCGCCCCUCACAAGAGGAUUCUGCUCCUGAUUUAAGGCAGACUACAACGCCUCUUAAUUUCCUCACACCUUCACAGUUUGGCAUUUCUGUCCAUAGUUUCACCCCAACCCCGUCAGACAGAAAAGAAAAGUCACGUUUGGCACAGCUAAAGGCAAGACGAAAGUCCAGUGUUGGUGUGAGGGGCUCCCCAGAAACAAAUUCACUCAUCCGCUUCAUUGCGCAACAGAAAAUGAAGAAUUCGUUAAACUGUCAGUCUCCACAGCAUGUCGGAAGCAGUCCCUUCCUUCCACGGGUAGCAUCCACCCUGAAGCAGAAAAUAGUUGCCUUCCAGAGCUUGAUGAACGUGGAGGAGAAAGAGGUCUGUGAACCGAUGCCAAGGCAGGACGACAACACUGGCGGAUGCGUCGAGACAAGAGAUGAUCACUCAGAUGAGAACAACCAGGACGGAGGGAAGGAGAACCACCCUCCAGUGACGUCACCUGCCCCCAGCAAGAGGCGGCGUGUGGGCCGCCUGGAAGGCUGUCAAGUGAAGAUUAGAGAAGAGCAUACUCUAUUCUUCGACUUGAACUGCAGUGACAAGGAGGAGGAUAAAGCAUUGAAGGAAAGCAGUGAUAUUGUCACCAAAGAAGGACUGCCAUCAAGUGAGAGGGAAGAGGUCCAUCCGGUGCUUUUUUCCCUCCCCCUGCAUGUUGAACAUGAGCCACCCACGUCCUUGGAGCUACACCGACAGGACAAUGUUUUUGAACCUAAAAGCUCCAGCCAAGCAUGUCCUAGUGACCCGACUCCAGCUUCACCGGAUGACUCUUCCUCUGCUUUCCAAAGCUCAUCCCUUCCAUCUGUACUGGUGAUGAAGCCAGCAGAAGAGGAAGAUUCUUCUGUAACCCCUGCUGCAAAGAUGAAAAAGAGGCGAGUGCAUUUUGGAGGCCCUCUGUCUCCUGAGUUUUUUGAUAAGCACCUGCCUCCCAGCACCCCAUUGCAGAAGGGGGGGACACCAGGUCGAGCCCCCACACCAAGUGGGAUCUUCAAGCUGCGCUCUGCGUUAAAGACACCUCAAAUGAAUGAGACGCCUGCCCCACAAGACCAGCCAGACCUCAACAGUCCCUCUGGGUUUGGUGCUUCCCCGGUUCUUGCAAUACCUCGCAAAUGCAGCAUGAUCUCUGUAGAAGAAGACAGAGUGGAAGAGAAUGGAAAGAUCAUUUUUCCUCCCAUAGAAGAUAGUGACUCCAAAGUAAUAAGCGAAUCAGAAUGGAUAACUAAUGCCCAGCUGAAUUUAAAUGAUGCAUUACAAGAUGAACUUUCUCCAGUGGAGAUGUCAGCCACUCAGGUUAGUAUGCUGAAUGAGCUGAUGUCAAUGUCAGAGGAGGAACAACCUGCAGCAGUCUCAAAAGCCCCAGGCAGAUUGAGGAACCACAAGAAAAAGGAAGUGGCCAAGCCUGAAUCCACUGUUGAACUUCCAGAUGGUCGCAGGAGUCGGAAAAGAAAGAUGCCUGAAGAAAGUGAACCUCUAAAGAGGUUUACACGCUCUGCUACCAAGCCAUCUGAGAAGAUUAAGAUUGCAGCUGCACGUCGGUGGAAAAAGGAGGUGAACCACUCUCUUUACGGAUCUCGCAAAUAUGCAUCCAGAACUCCUAGCCUUAGUCCCAUCCCGGAGUCCUUCAAAAACCAGUCUUCAGCUCCACAAGACACGCCGACCAGCUGCUUCACAGUAAUCUCAGAUGAAAGUCCAGGCCUGACAAAUGACGACCUGGUGACGGCAGUGGCUCACGAUGAAAGGCACGCCUCUCGCAUGUUUCCAAUGUCCAGUACCAAAAGAACCACAAGGAAGAACAGAAGAACAUCAAGACCCAGAGGGAAGAGGAAGUUUGGAGUUUUAGAGCAUGAUCUGCCUUGCCGGGAGCCUCACGUCCAGCUAAGUGAGAACCAUGAAGAUGAGAUUGCUACACUUCCAGGUGUGUCAACAGAAGUCCCAUCUGUACCUGAGCGACAGUCAGAUGGCACUGAAGAGAGUUGCACUCUAACAGCUGCUGACCCACCGAGCACCGUCGCAGAUAGCCUCACCCCAGACUGCCCAUUUGCAGGAGAAGGGUCUUUGACGCCCCACCAGGCUAAAAGUUUGUCAAGAAGUUCCAUGAGCCUGGCAGAGGAGCAGCCUGACCACACCAGCCCAAGCGCUGGGAGUCCUACAAAAAAGGCACAAGUGGACGAGAACCUGGCUCCCUGGCAGGCUGACUUUAAUUUUGAGGAUGUCUUCAAACCUGUUGCCACCAGAGGGCAGCGCUCCGUGCGCCGCAGCCUCAGGAACCAAAAACGCAAGACAGAGAGUGACGGCGACACAGGCCUGGCCUGGUUGCCUCGAAUCUCCCCCGAAAGCAGGAAAGAAGCAGGCAAGAAGUCACGUAGAUUCUGUUUUGCUCUCCCGGUUCCUGUACUACCUGUCAACGUUUGAACACAUGGGACACUUCUUGCCCUCCACAACAACAAACACUUUGUUGUUAAUGUGUGUUUUUCAUCCCCUCACAAUUAAAUGGAAUUCAUUCUAAAGUACAAGCUUGUUGUUUGAUAAGCUAAAAGCGCUGACGCUAUUGUCCUUAACCAAUAAUUGCUAUGGUCUCUUAUAGGCAAGCCAGUCAAUACGCAGAGAGAGCCCUGUCAUUUGUGCUGACCUCCUCUCAAUCAAUAUCUAACCACACAUUCCCUCUUCAUUCUCCAAAGUCACUGGAUCGAGUCUCACGAGUCGAUAUUUUCUCUUAGCGGAUGGAUGAAGACGGCCGUAUGCAGUCGCCAUCUGUCAGGCAAGGUUAGAGGCUGCCGGACUAAUGUACAAGCAAUGGAGGAGGGACGAGCUAAAUACUCGCACAGAAAGCAAAUCAACCCUCCGAUCAUCCUGUCUAGUGAUGCUGGCUGGGUUUUACACCAUUAUUUCAAGUUAUUGACUACAAAAGUCAAAAUGUAUCAGCCCUGGAAUACAAGGAAAUCAUUUAGUGGAUAAUUAUGUUCCCGGGUUCAGUGAUCCGAUACCAAGUAAAUUUAGAGCCAGUAUUGUCGAUACCAAUGUUCUUCCCCCCCCCCAAAGAUCAUUAAAUGAUUUUGUGACUUUUCCUUUAAUUUGCUGGUCAUGAAUUUAAAUAAAACACAGGACAAAGAUUCAACAAACCCAUUUGUGAACAAUUUAACAAUAUAGAAAUGUAACAGGAAAAUGUUAUAAUUAUUCCUUCGUAUCACAUACAAGUGUUUGAGUAAAAUAAAGUCAUUGAUGCAAAAUUUAAAAAAGCAAAAGGCUUUUUACACUCAACGCCCUACUGUGUCCAAGGGUUUGUUCUUUGC